AUGCAUCCGCAAUUACUUUUCAGCCUCCUCCUGACCGUUCUCCUUGGCGCCUCUAUGGCAUUCGUCCUCCCCAAGUGGAAGCCCAACCCGCGACUCACACCCGAGUUGAUCAACGUCGGCUCCAGCAGCAACACCCAUCCAGUGAGCACGGCGGUCUACUUGCCGCACCAAAUCAGCCCUCAUGUGCAAACCGCCCGCACCGCUCCAUUACAUGUCAAAUUGUCAGGACAGGCAUUCCCCAACAACAAACGAGAAGAGGCGGAAGGUACGCAUUUUAAACACGAUACGGAAGCCAGAAGUGCCAGGGACAGCAUAGAGGGACAUGGAAGAAUUUACAGGCGCGACGGCGGGGGAUCUAACAACACCAUCAUUUACAUCAUUGCUGCUAUUUUAAGUGUUUUUUUUCUCAUCGGGGGCGUGAUCAUUUGGCGCAAAUUUCAAGGGCAUUGA